AUUAUUUCGACAAAAAACGCUCGUUUGCAACAGGAAUCGCGGCCUCUGGGAGCAACUUAGGAGCCCUUGGAUUAGCACCUUUACAGCAAUUAAUCGUAGAUUCUUUUGGUUGGAGAAACUGCUAUCGAUUUCUAAGUGGCUUAGCGCUGAUUAUUAGUAUAUGCGGGUUAUUAUUUAAGCCUCUGGAAGAAAAAAAGACAGCUGAGUACAAUCUUGAGAAGGACUCACAAGUCAUCGAGGAUAAAUCGUCCAAGAAAAAGGGUCCUCGCUUUCCAAGAAAUAACUGGUUUAUUAUAUGGGCUGUAGCGAGCACUGUUGCAACGUUCGGAUAUUUCAUACCUCAUGUUCACUUGGUAAGGUACCGUGCAUGUUAGAGAGAUUUUCGUAUGACCUUGAAAAAUGGUUUCGGUGAGUGUUCGUUAUUUGUUUUAUCAGCCAAUGGAUGAAAAGAUCAAAACAACGCCUCUUCGUUUUCCCGCCAAAGAAAACCCUAAUAUGGAGAAGGCAUUGUUCGAUUGGCCAAUCGUGUAGCAGUAUGACGUCAAAGCGAAGUAUCGAUUGAUUUCUAGAAAGUUCUCGGGCAUGAAGUUUUUUCACUCGACCGUUCUCUAAACCAGACAAAAGCCACGCGCGUUUGUAUCUGAUCGAUAGACCAAUCAUAUCGCUCUAUUUCCGUUCGUUUGUUGUUUCUGUUUUGUUCGCGCGUUUUCAUUUCAAGGUCAUACGAAAAUCGCUCUAAGCUACGGUAAAACGUGCAACAAAAACGUGCAGCUAAAAGCCAUGUUGCGCGUUUUACCCCCGACACCCAAACCUGUCUUGCAGCAUUUCAGGUGGUUGUGAGUUGCGUCAAUACUGACUUCUGAUUGGAUAAAAUUACGCGGGAGUCAGCCCAUGUACGAGAGGUACGUCACUUGUUGCAAAACAAGUUUGCCUUGGCCCGGUAAAACACGCAACAUGAACAGAUUUUGUUACAAAAGUAAACUUACUCUCUACUUUCUGCAACAACUUUUUGCAACCUGCAGCAAGCUGAUUUGUUGCAAGAUAGGUUUGAUUCGUGGGUGGUAAAACGCGCAUUAUCGCUAUUUAACUCGUUUUGCAGCAACGUCGACGCAAAACAAGUGGCGCGUUCUUGUUGCUCGUUUUACCAUACGUCGAUGUGUGGCAACUGUUUAACUAGUUACAGUCCACGCAAAUGGGGUUGCAGUGGUGAUAGCGCUCUCUUCACGCCAAUGUGGCCAAGGUUCGUGUCCCGAGGGUGACGCCUCUUCAAUUUACCAGAUAGUUCUCCACUCUCUUCAGUUUAUUCAUGUUUUAAACGUAGACAGGAGGGUUAUAGGCUCAUGAUGAAGGCGAAUUUUCCUAGUGUAUACUUAAUUGUACAAGUAAGAGGGCCGCAACCAAGUUCAAAGGGGAAACUGGAAAAUUUGUUGCCCCAUGUUCAUGUCGUUUAUAAGUUGUCGCAGAUGUAAAUCUUCUCUCCUUGUCAAAAUUGAGGCUGAGCCCUGAUACGUUGUUUUUUUCCUUCAGGUUCGUGUUGCAGAAGAGAUGGGUUCUUCACAUCGGGAUGGUUCGCUUCUUCUUUCCUACAUCGGGAUUGGUUCGGGGAUCGGAAAGAUCUUCUUCGGAAAAAUUUCUGACCUUCCGUGGGUAGAUACUUUACGUUUGUACAAUAUUUGCAUGGUUCUUUCUGGACUAUCGCCACUUCUUGCUCUACUGGCAGUUGGAUACAAUAUGCUGGUCAUAUAUGCAGUAGUGUUGGGACUGCUGGACGGUUGUUUUAUCGGACUCAUGUCCAUUGUGACGUUUGAAUGCGCAGAUCGUCACAGGAUAUCGGAAGCCUGGGGUGGAGUUCUUAUGAUCAUGUCAUUCUCCAUGUUAAUUGGCGCCCCAGCGGCAGGUGAGACAAAGUUUGGCUAAAAACUAGGUAUCCGGAUUGUCCAGUUUAGACUAGUAUUCGAACCUGUUUGUUGAGUUUUCAGGGAGACUAUUUCUCGAACGGUUUUAUCUAAAUCCCCAUUUAUUCUGUUAAGACCUGUUUUUGAGUCAGUGGACGAAAUCCCGUGGUGUGACCAUUCAAAUGAAACUUUUUUGGCCAAAAUACUUUAUCAAAGCAUUAAAUUUUCAGUCUAAAAUGAUAUCUGGAGCUUGUUUGGAAUUUUGCUUUCUGCUUAAUCUCUCCGUCUUAUAUUUAUUUCCUACAGGUUGGUUUGGAGAAAUAACCGGAAACUAUCGGAACUUAUUUUUCCUCGCUGGUGCUCCGACGAUUUUAGGCGCGUUUAUCUUUUCAUUGGUUCAUUGUAUCAAGGACCCUGUGAUCUCCAGGCAGCAGAAACGAGCUAUUGUCAUUCCAAACCACGAGAAAGAAAUUAUGCUCGUCUAUGAAAGGUUGACGGUUGUAUAAGGUCAAUGAAAGUAGAGACCUUUACAUUUUAGGGAUGACGAGAGUUUCUCAAUACGUAGUAGUAAGCGCGCGUGAAGCCACGUCAUUUUGGCGGGAAAAUGCGAGAAUCGUCGUCAUUCUUCUACGCGUUUUAGCCAAAAUGUCGUACUGGCGGAAACAAGUUAUAAGUUUCGCAUUUUGCGUUCGGGAGUGGGCUUAACCUUGUUCAAAUAAAAAUAGCCGAGUUAACUCUUCUGGUGAAAAAAAGUCAAAAAUUUUAAAAGCUUCCCGGGGUGUCUAUUUUUUGAAAUUACGCGAAAAAUGAAAAAGUCAAAUCUUGUCCUAGUUGUGGUCCUCGUCCUCUAAUCUAAAAGUCUCUAGUGUUAUCGGUUAAGCCCCAGUAUCCACAUACAAGUUCUCCAAACUGAUCUCCAUACAUUUCCUUAAAGAAUGAGUUGAGAGAAUUUGAUAACAGAUCAAGGCAUUUUUUCUUGGGUGAUCAAUUUAUUAAUUCUCAUAACUUAUCUGUUGACAGUGUAUAGAUAUUGUUGGGAGAAAAUUGAUCUUGGUCACUAUUGGAACUUAAAGGGUUAAUACAGUAAUUGCUAGAUAACUGUAUUAAACGGUAACUUUCUAUUAGUCCAGCAUACAUGUUUUGCAUCCCACAAAUUAAUGUCGUACCCAGAUCUCUCUCUCUCUCUCUCUUUGCCUUUGUCGGUAAGAGGUCUGGGUACGAUUACCAACAAAUAAAAGCACGUGCUCGGGGACGAUCCGACAUCGCUCAAAUUAGAGCCUGUUUACAUGGAGGUGGGGGACCCCAGAUAGGUGAGGUAACAUGUGGAGAGUCCCCUCACCUAACAUGUAAACGUGAUGAAAUUAAAAUGAAAGAUUAUAUGGACAGGCGGGUUACCCCACCUAAGCGGGUUACCUCAUUUACCAGGUGUCCCCCACCUCCAUGUAAACACGCCCUUAAUCUGUACAUUUGUGUAACUUCUGAUGAAGUAUUUGAAAAUCCCAGAAAUGGAAAGUAGUUUUUAACUGCGAAUUACUUAAUGUCCGUGUUUUACAGUCAGGUGUAAAUAUUUAUUGGAACAUAUAAUGCCGUUGAUAGCGAUAUAGUUA